AUGGCACCCACAGGUAGCUGGAGAGUUUAUAUUCUAUGCUUCUUGUCACAUAUAAUAGGUCUAUGUAUAUUUCUUAAGGGGUUUUUCCCUUCAAAAGUUGUUUUACCGGGACAUAAUGAAUUUUCCAUUCCAGAUCCAUUUGUCCAAUCCAAUGGAAAGGCACAAUUUGAAAACGUUAUUGUAAUGGUUGUUGAUGCUAUGAGAGCAGACUUUCUCUUUUCAGAAUCACGUUCAGAAAUGAAAUUCGUACACAGCUUGAUUAAUCAGAACUCGGCCCUUCCGUACACUGCAUUUUCAACCCCACCAACUGUCACCUUGCCUAGAUUGAAAGGGAUCACCACGGGUGGGACUCCAAACUUCUUAGAUGCCAUAUUGAAUGUGGCAGAUGAUAAAGAUGACUCCCAGGGUCUUUCUAGUCAAGAUUCUUGGGUUCACCAAUUCAAAUAUUGUAACCCAACAAACCGUGAACUUCAUUUCUUUGGUGACGAUACGUGGUUGAAGCUCUUUCCCCCAGAAGAAUAUUUUGAAAAAUUCGAAGGAACCAAUUCAUUCUUUGUUAGUGACUUUACUGAUGUCGAUAACAAUGUUACAAGACACUUGAAUGAAGAAUUGUCUAAGGAAUCAAACUGGAGCGGAUUAAUCCUCCAUUAUCUAGGACUUGAUCAUAUUGGCCAUAAAGGGGGGCCCGACUCGGUGUUCAUGGGCUCAAAACAAAAGGAAAUGGACUCUAUAAUCGAGAGAUUAUAUAAUUAUAUCAUUGGAGAAUCUUCGAAGGAAACGCUUUUAGUGGUAAUGGGUGAUCAUGGGAUGAACGAAAUUGGUAAUCAUGGUGGGUCCUCUGUAGGAGAAACAAGCCCAGGUUUACUACUAAUAUCCCCUAAAUUCCAAAAAUUGUCACAAGGUUUGAAAAGCCCCCUCAAGGACGAUCCUCACUAUCAGUAUUAUAGAAAUAUCAAUCAGAUUGACUUGGUGCCCACAUUAGCGUCUUUGCUUAACUUUCCUAUACCGACAAAUAAUCUCGGAGUAGUGAUUGAAAAUAUCCUUGGUUUAUGGGAUUCCAAUGAAAAGAAACAUGCUAUUCUUCUAGAAAACUGUCAACAAUUCAAAAGAUUAGUUGAGGCUAAGUAUUCAUCCACUGAUAAUGAAUAUUCGAACAUAAUGUCCAAAUGGGAAAAAAUCCAAGGGCUUGAUCACGAUUCAGCUCAGACUAGUCCUUAUUAUGACUUCUUAUAUGAAGUUCAAGAUAUUCUCAGUCUGUCUGCCACAAACUAUAAUUAUUCGGAUAUUUGGUGUGGAUUUUUAAUUUUAACUAUUUCGUCACUCUCAACUUGGUUAAUCAGUAGCUAUUACUUUUUUAUGGGCAGCCAGCUUAACAAAGCUCUUUUAGUGGCUUUCCAGGCCUGCACAGUUCUUUAUUCAGUUCACUUUCACGGAUCCUCUUUGAUCGAAGAAGAAUACCAAAUUUGGUGGUUCUUUAGUAUGAUCUUCAUAAUAUUUUUAUUUUGCUACUCGAAAUUUAAAGGUAUCCCUUACUUCAUACUUCUCAUUACUGGAUUUAGGUUAAUAAGGUCCUGGAACAAUUCCGGUCAAAAAUUUUCUACACCUUUUACAACAGCAGCAUAUUUUCUUAAUAAUGUCUCCGUAUUAUGGUCAAUAAAUUUCAUCGUUUUCACAAUAAUUUCCUUUAAAAUUUGCUAUCAAGGGUAUUUUGUGAAUUGCUUUAGUAUAGGAACAGUUACCGGAAUUAAACAGAAGAUAACUAAUGUUGGUGGUUUUUUGGCAUUUGUAUUAACGCAUGUCGUAUCGUCGAUAUCUUUUGUAUUCAAGUUGUCUCAAUUUCACAACGAUGGUAAUAAAGUGCCCGAAUGGGCACUUUGGAUCAUCAAUUAUACAUGUGAUUCGUUUGGAAUAGAUAUAGAGAAUUCUAAUAAAAACCAAUUUCAAGAGAUGAAUAUUCAAUUGGCACAGAUUUCAUUCUACGGAAUUUUCUUCCUUCUGCUUUUAAGGAUACUUUUGGGUAACCUUAGGAGCUGCAAACAAGCAUUAAUUACUGAUUUGACCAACAUCAUGACUAUUUUAUUGAUGCAACAAUCAAGAUGUGAAAAUAUACCAAUAUUUUUGAUUUUCUUUAUUACAGAGUGGUCUAUUUCAAAAAUUUUGCACAAUGACGGUAAGAAAUUAAGAAAGAACCUUGAUGAAUUGAUCAUUAUAAGUACAUCAUUCUCAUUAUGUGUUCAAAAUUUGUCAUUUUUUUCAAUUGGGAAUACUAAUCUGUUAGCUACUGUUGAUUUAUCGAAUGCUUAUAAUGGAGUCAGUUCUUAUGAUGUAUUUUUGGUGGGCCUACUAACUUUUAUUUCUAAUUAUGCUGUUGUAAUAUUUUGGUCUUUUGUAUCUUUAAAGCUCAUUUUUGAAGAUAGUUUUAUCAGAUUCUCAAACGAUUUGAGUGAAAACUUGAUUAAUUAUCCAACCAUUUUCAAGAAAAAGAUUUUGAUCGUGAAGUCAUUCUUGACACUAACAUUUUACGGAAUAUCUGUCAUUAAUCUUGUGGGAUCUUGUAUAAAUUUAAGGUUUCAUUUGUUUAUAUGGACAGUUUUUUCACCAAAACUACUCUAUUUUGCCAGUUGGUCAGUUUUGAUGAAUGGCUUAAUUGAUUUUUUAGUUGCAACAACUUUAAUAGCGAUAUCAUAG